CCUGCAGUCUGAACUGGGUCUUUGAGACGGUGUCGGUGAGGCAAGUCCAGGUCCGCUUGCUGAUGGGGAACCUGAAGAAACUGGAGCUGCUGACUCUCAACUGUAGUCCCAUUGAUGGUGAUAGGGGCGUCCAGCAGCUGUUGGUGAGUAAAGAAGAGGUUCCCCCUGAGCAGCAGCAGCAGUGGAGCCCCAUGCUGGACCAGGGGGACCCACCAGAGCCGCCACAUAUUAAAGAGGAACAGGAGGAACUCUGGACCAGUCAGGAGGGAGAGCAGCUUCCAGGACUGGAGGAGGCUGAGAUCACCAAGUUCCCAUUCACUCCUGUCCCUGUGAAGAGUGAAGAAGAUGGUGAAGAGAAACCUCCGUCCUCACAGCUUCAUCAAAGCCAAACUGAAGGGAACAGAGAUGCAGAGCAUUUGGAAACAGAAGCUGAUGGAGAGGACUGUGGAGGACCAGAACCAGCCAGAAACUUUAAUCCAGAUAGUCCUUUACAACCAACUACUCAUGACCAGACUUCACUCCCUUCUGAACCUGAGACUGAUGAUAGUUGUGAUUGGGAGGAGACCAGGGAACCUGUCCAGAGAGAGGACAAACCAUUUGGUUGUUCAGUUUGUGGUCAAAGAUUCAAACGAAAGGGACAUCUGAGACGACACUUGAAUGUGCACACGGGGGAGAAACCAUUUAGUUGUUCAGUUUGUCCUAAAAGAUUUGCACUACAGGGGACUCUGAGACGACACUUGACUGUCCACACGGGGGAGAAAAUAUAUAGUUGUUCGGUUUGUAGUAAAACAUUUUCACUACAUGAAACUCUGAGACGACACUUGACCGUCCACACGGGGGAGAAACCAUUUAGCUGUUCAGUUUGUGGUAAAAAGUUUACACAAAAGGGGAAUCUGAGACAACACUUGAAAGUCCACACGGGGGAGAAACCAUUUAGUUGUUCAGUUUGUGGCAAAAGAUUCACACUACAUGCAACUCUGAGACAGCACUUGCCUGUUCACACAGGGGAGAAACCAUUUAGCUGCAGUGUUUGUGAUAAAAGAUUCACUCGACUCCAUAUUGUCAAAACACACAAGUGUGUUGGUGAGAGCAGCGGAAAUAAAUGAAACUGCUCUUUGAGCCAAUUCUUUCUAGCAGCAGUGUUUCCCACAUAUAGGCUUUACUUGGGAGAGCCCGCUCAGGGAUAUUAACGGCCAAAGUAUAUUUGGGUGAGUGUGCAGGGACAAGAGAACUGAAGGGGAAAGCACGAUGAGCAGAGUAAACACUAAAACACUGAGGUGGUGAACGUUGUAGAGUUUAAAUUUAAUUUGUUGAAGCCGGACUUCAUACAAAAGUUAGAUGCCAUAUGUAUGUUGAGAGAGUUAUUCAUUGUCGUGAUCAUUCUCGAAGUGGAUAUCUCCAUCCUGGUACUGUUGUGGCACCAACUUCCAAGGAACUAUCAAGACAAAUCCCUCCGCCCUGGUUAAGCAAGGAAACACUGUGGAAACACUAAAAGGGCACAAAAAUACUAAAACUCAGUGGUGGGUGAAUCCACAUGUGGUGCUCUAGUGAGUAUUUGGGGCAGCAGGACGGAGGAUGUGGACUGAGUCAGAAUAAACUACAGUGUGUGUUCAUGGUGAUGAAGGAACAUGUGACUCAGUGCAGCAGCGAGAUUCACUGAUGUGGUUUUAAUACUUUCUGGACAACAAUGGAGAAAGAAGAGACAUCAGACUGUGAGACACGAACAGUACAAGACUAUAAAACUAUUAUGUUUUUACAGGAUUUAUUCCCAGGCUAAUUCAUGGAAUAGAAAAGUAUUAGUUA